AUGAGGCCGUCGAUGUCCUUUCAGUACCAGGACUUUGGAUUCGGCAGUCAACAACCGCAUCAGUAUGAUUUAUCAGUAACAACAGCACAACAGCAGCCUGAGAAAAGCAUUUUUGAUACUGAUAUUGAAAAUGCUGAUGAUACGACUAUUACUUUGACCAGUAUUGCGGAUGUUGAGGCCCGAGAUCGAGAUCAUGCUGGCCGAGGUAUGUUUGAUCAUGAUGCGAUCUCGCAGGAUUGGGACGCAAGUGUCCUUUCUGAAUCCGAUCACCCCAUAGAUCGCAAUGACUAUUAUGGAGCUGAAGAAGCGGUCAAGACUCCGGCGAAAGCUCCAAGACAUCGCAGGAAAACGGUUGUUCCGUUGGCAGAGACCGAGGAUAUCAACUAUGCCAAUGUCUACAAGGGCAAUGACCGCCGGCAGACACUUGAGUGGGAUCCAGCGGAGAUACCUCGAUCCGCCACAGCAGCGAGUAACAAGAGGAACUCCAUUUCGCGCAUUCCUCGCGCCAAAUCUAGAAUGUCCCUUCAACGCAGUGAUAGUGAUCCCGGCCUUCGUUCUGCAAGGAUGGCAUCUACCAAAGAAGCUGCGACGACAGCCAACACCAGGACGGUACAGAUACCGUAUCGCACUGGGUACAGUAAAGCGAGCAAUUUUCCUCAGAGCUUGGCUACAACACCCAAUAAUCGAUUCAAUUUUAAGAGUGAGCGAUCUUAUGAGCGGCUUAUAUCGCAACAGACGUCUCCCACGAGGCAAGUCAGUGGUCCCAGGCCACAGCCUGACUCACGACGACAACAGCAACAAAGACAGCGACAACAACGACGUGUCAGCUCUGCUAGUCCUCAGAAAAGUGGAAGAAGCGGACAGAAGUACCAAGCAACUCCGUCGAACAAAGCUAGGCGUCUUUUGGACGAAACGGAUGAUAGCUUUGACGACGAUGAAGAAGCAGAGGAAGAGACUCAAGAGAUCAGCGUGGAUAUCGACGAUGAAAGUUCCGGUAGUAGUGUCAACGCCCAAUCCUUGACAACUACAGACAUCACACAGAGAAAACUAUCACUAUCAAUCAUCACAUCAUCGGAAAGCAUAGACAAGCGCUAUCAGAAACUAGCAUCAGAUUACCCAGACGAAGUCCUCCAACAAAUGGAUUUUUCGGAACUCGAAAAAGAACCCUUUGACCACAGCCCCGGCAGCAACAGCCCCCUCAAAGAUCAAAGAAUAACGACGACAACGCCCAAAAAGAGUAGAGCACCAUCUCCUCCUCCMCCUCCAUCUCCACCAGCCCCUCCCCCUCCGCCACCAGAUACAUCAACCUCCCCCUCCGAAAAACUAGCCUACAUAAUGACCGCCCUACGCAACCCCACAGCUCGCCAAACCUACAUCUCCAGCAUGCCAAUAACCGACUGGGAACUCUUGGGCGACGAACUAAUCGAUCAAAUGGGCGAAAUGCUCAAGAUGAUUAAAGAUUCGAGACAGGCGAGGCGCAGGACGACGGCGUUGUUUGAGGCGGAGAUUCGGAGGAGGCAUGAUCAGACUAUCAAUGAAGCGGGGGAGUUAGAUAGGAAGUUUGUGGAGAUGAAAGAGGGUGGGCUGGGGGUUUUGAGGGCUUUAAAUCCUUGA